AUGCGGAUGUUUACUCUUCUGCCAUGGGCCAGAGUCCUAGUGACGGUCAACUUUCUACCGUCGGCCUUGGCCUCCCUCAAGGACUGCCUCAACGAUGUUUGCGCAGGCAACUCAGACUGCGUUAGGUUUGCCGAUGAAGGCCUCGACAUCCUGAACACCUACCAGCUCAGCUGGGUCAAGCCGUACAAUCUUGCGGUGGACGUCAACCCUGAGGUAGUUAUCCGGCCAAACUCUGCCAAAGAAGUUGCAGCGACCGUACAAUGCGCCGCGGAAAACGGCUACAAAGUUCAAGCCAAGUCUGGCGGACAUUCCUACGCGAACUUUGGGCUCGGAGACGGAGCUGUCGCUAUCGACCUAGUGAACAUCAACCAGUACAGCAUCGACAACGGCACUGGAUAUGCGACCAUCGGAGCCGGAUUGAGACUCGGUGAUAUCGAUGACAAUUUGCACGAGACCGGCCGCGCUUUCGCUCAUGGGGUCUGUCCAUCCGUGGGCAUUGGUGGCCAUGCGACUAUCGGUGGCCUUGGUCCCAUGUCCAGGAUGUGGGGAUCGGCUCUUGAUCAUAUUGUCGAGUUAGAGGUAGUGACAGCUAAUGGAACCAUUGUUCGUGCGAAUGGCCAGGAGAACAGUGACCUUUUCUAUGGUCUUCGAGGAGCCGGCGCUAGCUUUGGUGUUAUUACGGAAUUCGUGAUGCGGACACACCCGGAGCCCGGCAAUGUCGUCCAAUACACUUUCGACAUCACCAUCGGAGAUGACCCAGCACGACUCACAGAUGUCUACAUGCAGUGGCAGGACGUCGUGUCUGACCCGACCCUGGAUCGACGCUUUGGCACCGAGCUGAUAAUGUGGCUCGGGGGAAUCAUCAUCACAGGGACAUUCUAUGGGACCGAGGACGAGUUCGCUGCGACUGGCAUCCAUCAGCGCCUACCAGGCAAUGGCACCAUUGCCGUGACCGACUGGCUCGGCUCCCUGGCUGCGUGGGCGGAGAAAGAAGCACUUUAUUUGGCUACUGUGUCUUCCAACUUCUACGCCAAGAGCCUCGGCUUCCGACAGGAGGAUGUCCUCAGCAAAGAGAACGCCACCGGCCUGUUCGAGUAUGCACAGGGUGUGGAUAAAGGGACUCUUCUGUGGUUCAUCAUCUUCGACGCCACGGGCGGUGCUGUUGCUGAUGUCCCCCUGAACGCCACGGCAUACGCCCACCGCGACAAGUACAUGUUCUACCAGUCCUACGCAGUCGACCUGCUCAGCUUGUCGAACACGACUUGGACCUUCCUUAGUGACUUCCACGAGGAGUUGGUCGGGAAGCUGCCAGAGAAUACUAUGACUAGGGGCACGUACCCUGGGUACGUAGACCUCAACAUAUCUGGAAUACCUCAAGAGCAAUAUUGGGAAGGAAACCUGCCGAUACUGGAGGGCAUCAAAUCGAAGUGGGAUCCAAACGAUGUCUUUCACAAUCCUCAGAGCGUUCGGCCGGCUGGAGCUUGA